GUGCGUAUUUGAGAGCGCGCACAGAAGCGGCCACUCGCACUCCGGCUCCGCGUUCAGUCCCAAGCGCUUCUGACCGUCGCUCCUCUGUGGAAAUUUAUCUGUCCAAAGCCCGACAACCCCAAAAGCAGCCAUGGAUGCCAUUAAGAAGAAGAUGCAGAUGCUCAAGCUCGACAAGGAGAACGCCUUGGACAGAGCUGAGCAGGCUGAAGGAGACAAAAAAGCAGCGGAGGACAGGAGCAAACAGUUAGAAGACGAACUAAUUCAGUUGGAAAAGAGGUUGCGCGUGACCGAGGAUGAGCGCGAUAAAGUGCUCGAGGAGUACCAGAGCGUCGAGGAGAAGCUCCUGACCGCCGAGGAGGUCGCCACCAAGCUUGAGGAUGAUCUGCUCGCACUGCAGAAGAAACUGAAGGGCACUGAGGAUGAACUCGACAAGUACUCCGAGGCUCUUAAAGAUGCCCAGGAGAAGCUGGAGCUGGCUGAGAAGAAAGCCACAGAUGCUGAAGGUGAUGUGGCGUCCCUGAACAGACGUAUCCAGCUGGUUGAGGAGGAGCUGGACCGGGCACAGGAGCGUUUGGCCACUGCCCUGCAGAAGCUGGAGGAGGCAGAGAAAGCUGCCGAUGAGAGCGAGAGAGGCAUGAAGGUGAUCGAGAACCGAGCUCUGAAGGAUGAGGAGAAGAUGGAGAUUCAGGAGAUCCAGCUGAAGGAGGCCAAGCACAUCGCUGAGGAGGCUGACCGCAAAUACGAGGAGGUGGCCCGUAAGCUGGUGAUUGUUGAGGGUGAGCUGGAGCGCACAGAGGAACGUGCGGAGCUCAACGAGAGCAAAUGCUCAGAGCUUGAGGAAGAGUUGAAAACUGUGACCAACAACCUGAAGUCUCUGGAAGCCCAGGCUGAGAAGUACUCGCAGAAAGAAGACAAGUAUGAGGAGGAGAUCAAGGUGCUCACUGACAAACUGAAGGAGGCUGAGACUCGCGCGGAGUUUGCUGAAAGGUCUGUCGCCAAGCUUGAGAAGACCAUUGAUGAUCUUGAAGAGAAACUCUCACACGCUAAAGAAGAAAACCUCGAUAUGAACCAGAUGUUGGAACAGACUCUAUUGGAGCUGAAUAACAUGUGAAUCCUGCUCACAUGAUGAUGAUGAUGAUGAUGAUGUCUGCAUUUUGUAACCGUUAUUAUUUUUCUUUUUUCGUCCUGACAAUUAUCAGAUUGAAUAACAUGUGCCAUUUGUUACGAAAGCUUUAGUUCCUUUGUAUUUUAUUUGUGUUUUUUUAUGUAAUACUAUGGGACGUGUUCGUUUUAUUCUGGUCAUGCACAAAGUUAGCAGCGAUUGCACUUGAUUGAAUAUAAAUAUAUAUAUGCACAUAACGGUUCUAGCGGACACGCUCGAGUCUGAAGCCAAGUCGAAUUGAAAUUUAGAUCUUUUUGUUUUAUAGUGUACAUGGGAUGAGGUUGUCCUGUGUAUUACUGGUGCUACUGUGAAGGCAGAAGUCUAGCAGUGUGUAGAUUUAGAGAUUUAUUAUGAAUAAUAUACACUUUUUUUUUUUCAAAUUUGGAUAUCAUUCUUUGUGCCAAUAUUCAGCCCUAAAGGGACUUAUAUACACUUUUUAUUUAUUUUUUUUGGUUUUCCUUCUGUUUUGCUACAAGAUGUCAGGCAACAUUAUUUUUGCAAACAUUCGCUUGCGCCGAAAUCCACGUUUCAAAAUGUUUGCGUUUUGAAUUUCAGAAAGAAAACCAAUAUGAUGAGAUCAUAUUUGGGUUUGCGCCUCAUUGAUUUUAGUCAUUUUAAAUGUAGAUGUAUUAAGUGUAUGUCAUACAAAAAAAAUGUACAAAGCUGAAAUAAAUAAAUAAAGCCACUCCGUUUGACGUUU